AUGGGUGACCCUACAUCUUCAGCGGCUAACCCAACUUCCAUCUCUGCCGUCGAUUCGAACAACACCUCCUCUCACCCCGACCCCGACACCCAUGUCGGUGAUCAAUAUGAAGUCCCAACCUACGAGCCGCAUUCAUCCUUUGCGUCGCUGAAGGAACGCAUUCGGCAUCACUACGAGCUCGCCUCGGACUAUUACUACUCACUCUGGGGCCAGCACAUCCACCACGCCUACUUCCUCUCCCCCACAGACACCAAAGAGACCGGGCAGAUCAACCUGAUCAAUCUCCUCCUCGACAUCUCCGGUCUCGCGCCUGACUCCACGGUCCUCGAUGUCGGCUGUGGCAUUGGCGGCACCACCCGUCAUCUGGCCCGCGAACACGGCUGCACCGUGACCGGGAUCACCAUCAGCGGCCGACAAGUGCAAAUUGCCCAACGGCUGACCGGCGAGGAAGUGGCAACCUUCGCAACCGGCACUGGCGGCAGUGCUCCCAGCCAAACCUCGACGACUGGCGGUGCCGACGCUGACGGCUUCACCGCUGACGGCCCCCGCGGCGGCCGAGUCAAAUACAUCGAACUCGACGCGGAGAAGAUGGAAACGGCAUUCCCGCCCUCGAGCUUCGACUGUGUCUGGAUCUCCGAAGCUCUCAGCCAUUUCCCAGAUAAACCGCUGUUCUUCCGCAACUCGGCGCGGGUGUUGCGUGGCAAUGGCAAAGGGAAACUCGUCAUUGCCGACUGGUUCCGCGCCGAGAACCUCACCGAGCAACAGACCGAGGCCGAUAUCAAGCCGAUCGAGGAUGGGAUGCUGUUGCCCCCGCUGUGCACCCAGGCCGAAUACGUGGCCAUGGCGGAGGCGGCCGGUCUCAAGCUGCUACAUGCGCCCAAGGACAUCAGUAAAGACGUGGCUAAGACAUGGGACAUCUCAUGGACCCUCGUCUCCUCGCCCUCGCUGUGGGCCUUCGCCAUCUCCCAGGGCCGCGACGGCCUCGCCUUCCUCCAAGCCUUCCGGGCCAUGCGGCGCGGCUACGCCAACGGCACCUUCAGAUAUGCCGUCUUGGCUUUUGGGAAGCCGCAGGAUCGACUUUGA